AAAGUUAUAACAGAGCGUAGAGUUUCAAUUUGUUCGCAAACAGGGUUAUAUUCCGUUAAGUUUUACAUAUUUUGUCCAUUUAUAAGUUAUGUAGUAUACGUGCUUAUGCUUAUGUAUGUAUAGCUUGUGACAGUCAACUAAAUAUAUGUUUGUAAAAGCAUCGAAAUUGGAGAGAAAAUUGCAAUUCCCUUUAUAGAAAUAUAAAUAAGUAACAAAUUUUGUAGUAAAUGUGCUGAGACUACGAAAAGAAAUAUUUAAAGCCACCACAUGCAGAAAAUGUCUACUUAAGAUAUAUGUGGUGAUGGUUGGUACAGUUGGCGAUGUAUUCUUUCAUAAAAUUCUAUGAAAAAAGCAAAUAAAUAAAAUAGCACCAUAAAAUGAGAUUUGUUAAAGAUCCUUGUGGAAUAAUAUGCUUAAUAAUCACAUACAUUAUGGUGAUCUAUGCAGACUAUGUAGUUAUGAGAUGGAUUAUAUUACAAACAAUGCAAGCUAAUAUAUGGGCUCCCUUGCAUGUGGUUUCCUUUAAUACGGUAGUCUUCCUAUUGGCAAUGUCUCACCUGAAAGCGGUCUUGUCCGAUCCCGGUUGUGUACCCUUACCAGCAAAUCGUUUGGAUUUUUCAGACAUGCAUACUGUAGGGAAAAGUACUGGUAAUGGAAAUAGUAGUAACGAAUGGACAGUGUGCACACGUUGUGAAACUUAUAGACCGCCUAGAGCACAUCAUUGUCGGAUUUGUAAGCGUUGCAUACGACGAAUGGAUCACCAUUGUCCUUGGAUAAAUAACUGUGUAGGAGAACGUAAUCAAAAGUAUUUUCUACAAUUCCUUGUCUACGUAGGUGUCCUGGCUAUAUAUUCUGCGGGCUUAGUAGUGGGCUCCUUAAUUAAUCCAUGUGAAGGAUGUAAUUCGGAAAAUAUUGAGGGACAGACUAGAUUACUUCAUUGCGUCAUUUUGCUAAUAGAAUCAGCUUUAUUUGGCUUAUUUGUUUUGGCAAUAAUGGUUGAUCAAAUGCAUGCCAUAUUGUAUGAUGAAACAGCAAUUGAACAAGCUCAACAGAAGGGCUCCCAUCGACCCAAUCGCCGUAAAUUUUACCUUUUAGCUGACGUCUUCGGCCGAGGACACCCAGCUUGCUGGUUGCUCCCUUGCACUAGUUUUAAUUCAUCAUCUUCCGCUCUACGUUAUUAUGACACGCCAUUGCUUAGUCAUGAAGUUUGAACAAGUGCGGUGGACUGUAAAAAUACAAUUAAUCAUACUACAAGCCCUUCCAAACCCAAAUCAACAACAGUAUCUAGAUUUUAGAGUUAUCAUUUUUAUAAAUACUUAGUUUUGUAAAUUUUUAUGUAAAUGUGUUGCUUUACGUUAAGCUAUUUUUCCUAGUAAUAUUUCACAAUAGCUUGUCUUCGUAUGUAAUAUAUACUUUUAGAUAUAUAAAAUAUCAA